AUGUUAACUCCUCGCAGCCUUCGACAACAACGCACUUCUAACCAAGCUAACCAGAAGGAAUUUGCAGGUGUAAACUUAUACAAAUUCGAUUUUCGUGAUGAUGAUCCCAAAUUCGUUAAAAUACCGAAAGCAGAUCCUAAAAAUCCACAAUCUAUCGAGCCUAUGCUCAAACUUGCUACAAAAUCUCUUGAGCUGAAGAGACCAGCGCAGCAGCUAUUUACAGAAGAUAAUCAGCCAAUUACAGAAUUUUCACAAAUUCAACAAGACAUGAAUAUCUACGUUUCUUGCACUGCUGCAUACCAAGAUGAAUCAGAUCAACCAGUAUACAAAUCUCGCCUUCCAAAAACAUACGCAGCCGGAAAGAAAACACUGCCACUUGUACCACAACCAGAAGUCAAGCCAAAACCAGAAGCAUAUCAACAUAUUGCAAUUGCAGCAUCACAGUAUACAGUUAAGGAAAAUCUAAGAGAUUCACUCUUAAGUUUGUAUAAUUCUUUAUCCCCAGCACAUAAAUCGCAACUUCCAUGUGCAGCAGCUCUUCAAAAGUUGUCUGAUGAUACGCAGCAGUAUUUAGUUGAAGAUUCAUUACUUUCUCAGUUUAUUGGACCAACAACUGUAAUCAGCGAUACACCACUCGGCCAACAAACAACACAAUGGGCAAUGGAACACCUCAAGGGCUUAAAUCCAGAAGCUUGCCGCUUUUCGAUAACAGGUCCUUCUCAAUCUGGAAAAUCAACUUUACUUAACAUUCUCGUUUCUCUUUUCUAUCAGAAAUUACAAAUUUCUCAAGAAACAUCGCAUUACUUGAUCUUUCCAAUUAAUUGGCAACUUCAACAGAUUUAUAUCGAAGAUAUUCCAAAGCUUUACAGUAUUAUCGUGACUACAACACUUGCUUCUCUUCGUGCUUCAUGCAUGAGAUUAGUUCCAGUAAUUAAUACUUUCCAACAAUAUCUUACUUCACUUAUUGAGAUGCCGCUUCUUCCUGCAGUUCCUCCUCCAUUACAGAAAUUCCCAGGCUUCCCAACUACAUUAGUUCAGCAGAUUGGAUCCCAAAUCCACCGCACAUGGAAUAAUCCAGAGGGAUUUGAAGAUUUCCUUAACUUAAUGUUCUUACUUCCAGAUAAUCUUGCUAAAUGCUUUGGUUUCAAUAACGCUGUUUACGUUGUUGACCAUUACGACGCAUGUUGUCUUGCAAUUGAGGCUCCUGAGAAGUUUACAGCCCAGAAACCAUUCUCUAUCCCUGCAUCCUUCAACAAAGCUCUUAAUGUCUGCCCAUUCUUUGUUGCUUCUCUUGAUGAUGGAGAAUUCUUCAAAUACUUCGAUGUCGAUAGCCUCCAUUUGAAGACAGAAUACAUGAUUAAUCCUGAUCCAAUGCCAGAUAUAUUAAUUAAAGAUCCACAGAUGACAAUUAAACAAUCAAUGUGCAAUGGAUGCCCAGGUUACUGCGCUCUUUACAAGAAGGUAGUCAACUUGGCCCGUGAAGCUGAAGAGAAAAUGGCCAUUAAAGAACAGUUUGCAAAACUUAGAUCUGUUGUUGACAUUGCAAGGCAAGAAAUGCUCCAUCAACAGGUCUACAAAUUGUGCAUAUUAUUAAAGGAAGUUAGUGAGGAAUUUAUUGACGCCGGUAAACUCACGAAGAUUGGUGAAUUACAAGAACUUAAUAUUACAAUCCACUGA